AAAAAUACAGUACAAGACAAAUACAAGAAACCCAUGGAAGAAAACAAGAAAAAUGGAAGCUGUAAGGGAGACACUGCAAUAGUGGUGCGUGGGUACACCUCUGCAGAUAACAGAGAAGUCCAGCGAAUCUUUCGUGAAGGAAUGAUGGAAAUGGUGUUUGACACUGCUUUCCGAGGCUUAAUGCAUCACCCAGAGAGUCAACUCAUAUAUGCAGCUCUAACAGUGGCAGUAUAUGCGUCCACUGGGUCCCUAUGGCUGGCUUGUGGUGUAAUGCCACUUGUCUUAAUGGCACGGUGCUACUACAGUAAGAAAGCGGUGGAUGGCUAUCUGAAAAACGCCUGGGACAUGCAGGACAUUGCCCAGCACUACCUUGAAUCCCCUGAUCGCCACCUCUGGCUGGCAGAAAUCAGAGGGUCCGUGGUUGGCACGGUCUCGGCCCACUGUCUUCAGGAUGGCACAGUGGAACUGCAACGCAUGUCUGUGGACCACCGCUUCAGACGACACAGAGUGGGUGCAGCACUUGGCCAAAAGGUCGUUGAGUUUGCGCGUCUUCGUUCCCAGGUCUCUUCCACUGGAGCCCUCUCAGUGAUCCUUGGCACUACGGCUUACAACGCUGCCCCACACCGCCUUUACCUGAGCCUUGGCUUUCGCUGUGUGGGUGUCACGGAGGGAUACUCCACUCCGGGCACUGACCAGUCCCUCUUGGAGCAAGCAUUCUACAGAGUCCGCCACCACCACUACCGCCUGGACUUACAGUAGUCACACGCUUCUACAGUAGUGAAUUUACAUCUGGACAUUUUUGGGAGAGAUCUAUCUUGUUAUGGACCCGCAGAAAGUGCGCUCAGGAAUAGCACAUGGUUAUGAAAUCAUUCUGUGGGAUGUACUUGGUGUUUGAGCUGCUACAAACCAUGACACUUCCUUGGUGUAGAAAAAUAAGCCACAUGUAAAACAAUGGUUUUUGGAUGUACAGUAUAGAAAAAUGUUCUUUGUGCGGCCUAAUGGAGGAAUGACUUGAA